CACACAUUCCCAAAUACACUCUUCAAACCACCAAAAAUCCCCCAAAAUCUCCACCAAAACCAACUCCAUAAACACUUAAUCCCCAACCAUGUGCACCGCAACCCCUAGCGCGCCCAUAAACCACAACGGCCCCGGCUCCGCUGCCUCUUCAACCAUCAGCUCGAUCGUGAAGCCUGAGGCUGGCGCCGCAGGGAAGACGAAAUGCUUGGAGUGCGAUGGCUUUGAGUGCUGUUGCAUUCCGAUCCCUUGCACCGUGAUGUGAAUGAAGAAGUGAGGGUUGGAUUCGAGAUGAGAUGAGAUGAGACGCGUCAUGCAUUGCGAAGGGAGGGGGGGAGGGCUGGGGG